AUGGAAAAUUUUGUAACUGUUAGAUUCCAUGAUGAAGAGCUCCGCUUCAGCUCAGCAGAAAACCUCGUGUCAAAAGAGACGCUAAUCACCGAUUUCCUUUUACCAAAGGACUCCCUGAUUUCUUUAAGGUAUGAUAUGAAGGAUGGAACAGUAGGAUGUCUAUUGAGUAAAGACGGAACGGCGUUCCUGUUACCACCUGAUUGGGCAGGGAUUAAGUUUUAUUUGAAGAGCGAUAAGGCACCAUCAAGGCCUGCAACUCCAAUGAACCAAGCUAUGAGCGAAAGUUCUUCUAGCCAGAAAGAUUCGUCCAAGUUCAAAAGUUAUUCGCGCUAUUUGUUUUACACUCGUAUUUUAUUGAAAGACAACGGGUCAAUCAUAGAAGACGAUCGUAUGCAAUACCCUUGUGUCCCUUUUCAGACAACAUUCCUUCCUAAGCGUUAUUUUGUAAUCUCUACGCGGCAUGGGAGUCAUAGUUGUCUUGAGGAAGGCGAUGAAAUUAAAGUAUACAAUCCCGAACAUAAACCAUUCGUGGUGAAAGUAGUCUACUACGAAGACGAUCGCGAUUUCAUAGUAUUCGAUUCGGAUGUUAAACUAUGCGACAAUAUGCCUUUCCUUGGUCCCGUUGUGGGAGGUACCUAUUAUACCCUCUUGGGGUUUGCUGAUGUUAAGCAGGAUAAAACCCAGUCGAAGUACCUAGCACCAUGUUAUACAGCAGGUGUGAUUAUCUCGUCACAGCCUAACUCGACCGGCCACGUAUCGGGGAGUUCAAGGGGAUUGUCUGGGUUCAGUGGAGGCCCCGUUUUCGAUACAAGUAAUGGUUAA